AUGCCAGAGAAAUGUGGUCUUGAUCUGACCUUGCAUGCGAGAUUCCUCCGUGGGGCUUUCUUCUACACGCUUCUGCAGACAGUCGUGAUUCUGCCUGUUCUCAUGCCUUUACACAUCAUUUAUUCCCCUCGAGACAUCGCCAAGACUUCCAUGUUGCGAGCAUCGGUGUCAUCCCUUGUCCAGUCAUCCGGGUCCAAGUGGCUGUGGGUUCAUGCAUUGCUGAUCUGGUGGAUCACGAUAACAUGGACCGCAACGGUAUUAUGGAUCACUUGGGGAGCUUUGGCCUAUCGUCGCAGACAGAUAAAGGCGCUGGCUGCGAAGUUUGCAGCCUCCAAGGAAAUGAAGCGAACCAUCACUCGAGGGGAAGAAGGUCAAGAGUCAAGAUCUGUUGUCGAAGAUUGUACAGGUGUCAAACGAUAUAAAACCCUCAUGGUCACCAAUAUACCUCCUGACAUGCGAGAUGAGACCGUUUUGAGGGAUUAUUUCAACUACUAUAUACAAAGGCAUCACGCACGCAAACAAUCUCCGACGAAUCGACCAGACCUGAAGAAACCAAGGUUAUCCCUCAAUGCUCUUGAACUGUCUGGCUGGACCAAUGAGGAGAGUGAUGUGGAAGAAGUGAUUCUGGUACGAAAGCUCCAUACCAUUGCUAGCUUGCGGGAUCGAAGGCAGGAUGUACUGAGGAAACUCGAGAUCCGCACCAUGGGCGUUGUUCCGAUGAUAUCCGAAAAAGAUAAGGAUCAACCACUUCCACCCAACGCGACGAAGCAGGAACGCAUGCAGAGGCUCAUGCGAGUUCUCGAUCCUUUCCUUGAUGAUCAUGGCUUCGCUGGGAAGGUUGACACGACCGUCUGGGACCUGAGCUACCUCACCAUGCUCCUCGACGAAAGUCGUUCACGACCUCUAUCCUCCUACACUCCCUCAUCCGCUGCAUUCGUCACGUUCAAGGAUGCAAAAACAGCUCGGUUGGCAUCGAAGAUCUUGGAUAGCCAUCCGAAACGGUCUCUUGCAUGUCAUGCUGUCCCAGCACCGGAUUGGACUGACAUACUAUGGCCUCGUCUGGGCAAGAGUACUUAUCGAUCCGAAUUUGUUCGGGGAUGGGUUGUUUAUCUUGGAGUUUGGGCAUUCACUUUGGUCUGGGUUGGGUAUACACAAUUCGGUGUUAGAGAGAUUUUGGAAGUUUUUGAUGGUGAACGGCGUGGUGUUCUUUGCUCAUAUCUUACUGCUUUUCAAAACAAAAACUUUGACCCUUUACCAAUCAUCGCGUCUGCCUUUCCGACGGCCGCUCCUUAUUUCGCAUCGUAUAUUCUAUUGCAAACAGCAAUCCAACCAUUCUUUGAAAUCUUUCGUUUUGGAGCUUUCGGUCAUUCCGAGGCAAAGGUCGUCACGGACAGAACACUAAUGCCAUUAGUACUCGGUGGUGCUAUCAUGCAUUUGUUCAUGUUGUUGAACCCUUUGGUCAUUCCAUUUACCCUUGUAUACUACGGCGCCUGCUAUGUGGUAUGGAAACGGCAAUUCACCUACGUGUAUGGACGACUGUAUGAGACCAAUGGCAAGCGUACAAGCAUCAGAGUAUUGCGAUACAGCUUGGAUGCCCUUGCUCUGGGUCAGUUUGUCCUUUUUGCUUUCUUUAUCUUGAACAAAGCGAAAGGACAUGCAAUCGCUACAGGGAUCCUGUUCGCCAUUACUCUCAUCACCAAGCUCAUAGCCGGUUCAAGAAGUGAGUUUCCCGCACCCACGAUGAAAGCUGACCUUCACAGUCUGGACAUUCAGGAGGCCGAUAUACUGUGUCCCCCUGUCACCGCUUCGACAAAUGACAAUGAUGAGGACGAUGAUACUGCUUCUGAAGACAGGGAUCCCGAUGAUGUACCUCUUCCGAAUGGUUUGCCUGCUCCGCAAGGUAGUAGCCGCUUCAACACCUGGAGACGAAGUGUCGGCCGUUGGGCUGGCAGUUGGAAAAAAGCUGGAUCAAGUCACAAGCCAAUUCCCUUCGAUCAUGUCCUCUUCUCCACUCUCGAUUCGAAGAUCGCUUUUGAGCCAUUCGGAGACCCUCAAGAGGCAUCGGUGAAGCCUUCGGAAUUUCCGUCCCGCGCGAGCCAAGAGAAUGAUCUACAACGUAUCGUCGCUCCUCAUCCUGCCUUGCAACCAUGGGAAGAUAUUCCACCUUACUACCGAUCCCGGGGUUAUGACGAUCAGCCAACCUACACGGAUAACUACGAUGAUUUCCUGUGGCUUCCACGUGAUCCUCUUUCCACCUUGGAUCUCGAUGAUACUGUCGAAAUGCGUGUGGCCCUCACGACAAGUGCGGGAGGAUCUGGCCAGAUCAGCGAUUGUGCAUUAGAAUUUGCCGGUCUGUCGGUUCGAGACAAGAAAGAUCGCGAUACAUGGCAAGAUGUUAUCGUACAAGGUCCCUCUGAUGGUCGACCGACCUCUCCGGGCGCCAACAGCGAGACGAGACUCAUGUCUACACCUUCAAAUAUCGGCAGUGAAGUGAAUGAUACUUUCUCCGGCACCCACCUCUUCCGUCGACACACUCACAAAGCUGCAACAGCUUUAUCCGAUGUCUUCCGCAGGCCACGAGCGAGUUCCAGCAUCUCGAACCCUGGUAUAGGCAUGGACAAUCUGUCUGUACGCUCAAGGCCAGGUCCUCCUAGUCCACUCGAGCUCAACAAUUUGGAUACAUUCAUCUCGAUGCCUCGUGUAUCUACUCCGAGCGCCGUAUCAGUACAACAAGAAGCCGACGUAACACAGGAACCUAGUACCCCGGCUGCUGCACCCACUGGAUCACACAUCUCAUUUGCAGCAACGCUGGGCCGAUCUCCUUCGGGUCGAAGACCUUCAAGGAUACGCUCAGGUCAUAGUAAUAUGAGCGAAGAGCUCGUACAAUCCCCUACAAGUCCUAGGAAUCGAUCCCUCAGUCAUCUAUCUCCUUCCAAGAGCAGGACGGCCAGUGCUAUGUCCGCUCAACAACAGCGACUUUGGAAUGAGGUCAUGGAGGAAGAACGUCUGAUGAUGAAGGAAGACCGCGAGGAAGAAAAAGCAGAGAUGGAAAAGGAGAAGGAGGAACUAUUGAAAGAGCAAGACAAAAUACGGAAGACCAGCGAAAGUGGUGAAGGAGGAGGGCUCAGGAGGAGACUGACAAGAGGUAACAGUGAGGGGUCGAGACCUAGGUUGGAGCGUGCAGGUGAAUCGGAGCGAUCGAGGAAUGGAAGUGUAGCUUUGGUUGAUACACCAACAAGUAUUGUAUAA